AUGGUUAACCUCUGUGUUCACGAGCUCAUAUACGGUCUUAUAAUUAUGACUGGCUCAAUGAACUUUGGAUAUUCCACUGGUAUCGCAUCUCCAUUGGUCCCUUUCUUUAAAGAUGAAUGGGGAAUAUCAAAAAUGAAUACAACUUGGUUUAAUGCAAUUCUUGCUCUAUUUGCUGUAAUUGGUCCAUUCAUCACUACAUGGAUGCUUACAUUUCUUCCAAGAAGACUUGUAUUUUGCAUCCUUCAAUGCACAUCUUCAGUAAUACUUUUAAUUAUGCUUGCAUCAUCAAAGAAAGCAUUUGCUCUCAUGAUUGUAAUGCGUGCACUUCUAGGUCUAGUAAUCGGUGGUGUUACAUCAAUUGCACCAACUAUGCUCGUUGAAGCUGCCCCAUCAGGUCUCACAGGAUUCUUUGGUAACUUAAAUCAGAUUGGUUGCGUUGUUGGAAUCAUUAUUAUGUAUCUCCAAGGAAAUUGGACAGUAAAUACAUCAAAGAAUGCAACAAAAUGGUGGUCUCUAGAAGUUACCUGCGCUGUAAUUAACUUUGUUGGUGCAGCCCUUAUUUGGAAUACAAAAUUAAAAUCAAUUUAA